AUGACCGCACAAGGCGCUUCUCUCCAAAACUAUAACAACCAGCUGGUCACUUUCCUCGAAGAGCUUAAGGACCAACGAAAUGGCUUAGAAGAGCAAAUCCAAGCUACCAUGCGAGAAAAGAGCACCCUGGAAAAACAAAUCGCAGCUUUAGGGGAAAAUUUGGCAAGGGUCAAUGGUAUUUUCUAGAUAGAAACCUUAAAUAAGAAAAUCCAAGCCAGAAAUGAAUAUGAUAAAACCAUACAAGAAACGGAAGGAGCUUAUAUGAAAAUCCUUGAAAGCUCGCAGACGUUGCUGCAUGUAUUGAAAAGGGAAAGCAUAAAUUUGAAUAAAAGAAUUUCAGAUUAA